AAAUUAAUGCGGUAGCUAAUGUAAAAAAAUCACAACUUUGAUGUUGGCUUAAGAUAUGCCAUAGCAAAAAAAAAAAAAUAGUGUUGAUAAACUUUUUACUAAAGAAAAAGACCAAAAACAAUGCUAGCAACUAUUGUGUUGUAGCUUAAAAAGUUUUGGAAAGUUUUGUGUGAAACAAAAAAACUUUAAUUUUUUAGCUGUAAUUUGCGUGGCCCAGGCCCAUUGUCAAGAACUUGCCAAGCCAAUUCGUAAAGCCAAGAAAAAAGAAAAGUAACAAAAAAAAAAAAAACAAUGUCAAGUGUUGUGUUGUGCUGUUGUAAGGACAGCAGCCGGCGUUUGCUACUGCUGCUGCUGCUGUGCCUGCUCCUGAUGAUGUCCUGCGAUGCGGCACGCAUCAAUCGCUCGGCCUUCAUGGACGGCGAUGUGCACUCCGAGGUGGUCGAUCCCAAUAAUCGCACUAUCUGGAACAUGUUCAAUCUAACCGUGGAGCAGGUCAAUCGCAUUACCAACGGCAGCAAUCCCAGUGGCAAGGGCGAGACAACGCAGGCCACCAAAAAUCAUUUGCUUGAUCACCUGGCCCGGCAGCGGAUUAACGAGAUACGCUCACGCAUACGGAUUGCCGUAACCAAGCCGGACGGCAAUGAAAGCCAGGCUCCGGUCGAGCAGAAUAGAUCGUCGCACGCUAAGGCCGGCUAUCCGCUGUGCAAUGGCGAGACGACACCCCUCAACUGGCAGCAGUCGACAAAUGUGACCCUGCAGUUUGCUAGCAGCGUUUUCCAGCAGCAUGGCGAUAAUCUCAACCUGGACAGCGCCAUUUUGCGCUUGUACAAGAUGAAUCCAAGGGCAGCGGCAACGAGCGGCGCGGGGCAGACAGCAGCCGCAGCAGCAGCGUCAACACCAACAGCGACUGAGGCAGCACCACCCUGCCGCGAACCCUUCCUUGAGUCGCAGAUACGCGUCACCGUGUCCAUUGUGCACCAGCAGAAGAAGAAACGUAAGUUAGAGCGCAAGAAGCGCACCUGCAACACAAUCAUGCUGAGCAGCACCAAGACCGGCUGGGUGGACAUCGAUGUCAAGUGCGCACUCACCUAUUGGGCACAGCAGGAGCAGCAGCAGCGGCAGCAACAGCAGCCGCUGCAGCAAACGCACUCGCACCUGCCCAUUGAGGUGGGCCUGCUAAUGAUUGAGGUGCACGACGAUGAGGAGAAUCAACUGCUGCCCGGGCUCUAUUUUCAGCCACCCACUUGCGAUCAGGCAGAUAUUGCAGUCCCAUGGUCCGUCUACGGACCAGGAACGACUAUGCCUAGUAUGGAAAACAACACAGUGUCCAGAUGCCCAAGAUUAGACGUUAGAUUCUUGGGUAACGGUCUGCUGACGAACAAGAGCUUUGAGAACCGAACCAAUGGCAGACUGGAGACCCUAAAGCAUCAGGUGCUCCAUCCAUCGCGCAGUCGGGAGCAUUUCAAUACCGAAUCAACCACAUUGAAUUCACCCACAAUUGACAACAAUCUGGAGAAUAGCGAGAACGAGAGCGAGGAGAACGAGCAAAUACAUCAUCAUCGUCGGCGUCAUCAUCAUCAAAGUGUUGAGUGUGCCGCAAUGGACGCCGAUGAAUCCUAUCAGCAACAUCACGCGCGGGCGCAUCAUAACCACCAUCACCACCAUCAACAACACAACAAUCAGAACCACAAUCAUCAACAUCAUCAUCACAAGCAUCGUCAUGCUGUGCAGAACGAGGAGUAGAUGCAUGAAGAUCAAUGGCUCCUUGUGGCCACAAAUGGGCAGAAGAAUUACCAAUUCCAUAGCACAUGCAUUCAACGAUUCAUAUCCCACAUGCUGGUCUUUAAUAGUUUAUUGUUUUUGUAUCUUUAGGGCCAGAGUUGACUUAAUUAGUUUUUUAGU